AGCUGUUAAUACAGUAAUUGUGAUGUCAGCGGAAGGUUCCGGAAAUGUGGAGAGAUAGGUCCGUCGUUAAACACAGACCGUCGACGCUGCGUACAGGCCUGUGAAAAUAAACAUUAAAUAUAUCGAUUUAAAAAGUUAUUUGAAAUCAUGCCACCGGGUAAGAAUUUUAGGAGAAAGAAAGAGGACUCAUCCGACGAGGAAGACGAUGAGACAAAAGCCGUGGUCAGGUCCAAACUGGAUGAAGCCAAGGAGCUUCAAAGUCUACGAAAAAGGCAGCAUGGAGUGAGCAUUGCAACGUUACUUGUGGGAGAGAAGCUUCCUUUGGAGGCUGAGCUUGAGGAUGACCCAUUUAAACUGAAGUCUGGAGGUGUUGUUGACAUGAAGAAAGUGAAAGACAGAAACCAAAACUUGACAGUCGAUGAAAAUGACCUGAAUCUUGGUACCUCGUUUUCUGCCGAGACUAACAGACGAGAUGAAGAUGCAGACAUGAUGAAGUACAUUGAGACUGAGUUAAAGAAAAAGAAAGGCAUGGUGGAGGCAGAGGAGCAGAAGGUGAAGGUGAAGAAUCCAGAGGACCUCCUGUAUGAGCUUCCAGAGAGCAUCCGUGUCAGUUCUGCCAAAAAGACAGAAGAGAUGUUGUCCAAUCAGAUGUUGAGUGGAAUUCCAGAGGUGGAUCUGGGGAUUGAUGCAAAGAUAAAGAACAUCAUCAGCACAGAAGAUGCCAAAGCAAAGCUGCUGGCUGAGCAGAGGAAUAAAAAGAAAGACAACGGAACCUCCUUCGUUCCCACUAACAUUGCUGUGAAUUACGUCCAGCAUAAUCGCUUCUAUCAUGAGGAUGUAAACGCUCCCCAGAGACGCCACAGAGAAGAGCCCAAAGCCAGGCCGCUACGAGUAGGAGACACUGAGAAUCCAGCACCUGAGUCCACACCACCCAAUUUCCGCAAGAGACCGAAUAACGAGAAGGCCACAGAUGACUACCACUAUGAGAAAUUCAAGAAGAUGAACCGACGAUACUAAUCCUCCACAUUUUUUAUAGUCAACUAGACGGCCAGUUUUUUCUUUCUGUAAACUGAAUGAUGUAAAUAUUUUUACUGUAUUUAAAGAAUGUCUCCAUAGCUUACAAUCAUAAACAUUUUACAAUAAAACUUCCCCCAAAA